UAGAAAGACGAGAUUCCUUAUCACAUAAAUGGAUAUUCGCUUCAAUUUUAGUAACUAAGUUGACAGUGUCGGUUUGGGUAUAUAUGAGUGUAUAUCAGUGUAGGUUCUAGCUGGAAGGGUGUAGGCUGUAUAGGUUUGGGCGCGGCACGGGAGGAAUCGCGUUUGCCGCGUGCGGCAGUGACCGCCGCCAUGACGGCUAGGUCGCGCGCUCCCUUACUCGUCGUCUUACUUUUAGCGGCACUAUAUUCAGGAUGGUGUUCCGAAGACGAAGAACGACUUGUCCGAGAUCUUUUCCGAGGUUACAACAAGCUCAUACGACCCGUUCAGAAUAUGACACAGAAAGUGGACGUUAGAUUCGGCCUCGCCUUUGUACAGCUCAUUAACGUUAAUGAAAAAAAUCAAAUAAUGAAAUCGAACGUAUGGCUAAGGCUGGUUUGGAUGGAUUACCAGCUGAUGUGGGAUGAGGCUGACUACGGCGGCAUCGGUGUGCUGCGGCUACCACCUGAUAAGGUCUGGAAACCAGAUAUCGUGUUAUUCAACAACGCCGACGGUAAUUACGAAGUGAGAUACAAAUCUAACGUGCUCAUUUAUCCAAACGGCGAGGUUCUUUGGGUUCCACCGGCAAUUUACCAAAGCUCGUGCACCAUUGACGUCACAUACUUUCCAUUCGAUCAGCAGACUUGCAUAAUGAAGUUCGGAUCGUGGACAUUCAACGGCGAUCAAGUGUCACUUGCACUCUACAACAAUAAAAACUUUGUAGACCUCUCGGAUUACUGGAAGUCGGGCACUUGGGACAUUAUAGAAGUACCAGCUUAUUUAAAUAUCUAUGAGGGCAAUCAUCCGACUGAAACAGACAUCACUUUCUACAUAAUUAUCCGAAGAAAGACAUUAUUUUAUACCGUUAACUUAAUCUUGCCGACAGUUUUAAUAUCAUUUCUCUGUGUACUUGUGUUCUACUUGCCCGCCGAGGCUGGUGAAAAAGUGACUUUGGGCAUCAGUAUUUUACUGUCACUGGUCGUGUUCCUGCUGCUUGUUUCAAAAAUUCUUCCUCCCACGUCACUGGUUCUGCCGUUAAUAGCAAAAUAUUUACUGUUUACAUUUAUUAUGAACACCGUCAGUAUCCUCGUUACAGUAAUCAUAAUCAACUGGAACUUUAGGGGACCUCGGACUCAUAGAAUGCCUCUCUGGAUAAGGAGCGUCUUUUUACACUACUUACCAGCAGCUCUGCUUAUGCGACGACCGCGCAAAACAAGGCUGCGUUGGAUGAUGGAAAUGCCGGGAAUGGGCGCUCCGCCACAUCCAACAGCCACUCAUGACUUGCCCAAACAUAUAAGCUCAAUUGGUUCUAAACAAGGUAAAAUGGAGGCUAUGGAACUUUCGGACUUACAUCAUCCCAACUGUAAAAUAAACCGCGCGUCGGGUGGAGGCGAGGUGGGCGCGCUGGGAGGACUCGGAGCGCUCGGCCUCGACAACCGACGGGAAUCCGAGAGUUCCGACUCACUACUCUUAUCUCCCGAAGCGGCCAAGGCCACGGAAGCUGUGGAAUUCAUCGCAGAACAUUUACGGAAUGAAGAUCUCUAUAUUCAAACUAGAGAAGAUUGGAAAUAUGUGGCUAUGGUCAUAGAUCGAUUACAACUAUACAUAUUCUUCAUAGUGACCACAGCAGGGACCGUCGGUAUAUUAAUGGACGCGCCUCACAUCUUUGAAUAUGUCGAUCAAGACCGCAUCAUUGAAAUAUAUAGAGGAAAAUAAUUUUACAUGACUUAUUUUAAAAUUUUCAUUUCAUUUUUUUAUACCAUUUAUUGAAAAAGCAAAAUUUAGGUAAUUAAAAUAUAACUUGGUUUGGAUAAUUUAUAAUAUAUAUAUAACUCGAUAGUUUUUAAUGAAGCUCAAUACCUACUAAAAAUUAUAUUCUUUGUGUCGUAAUUAAGAUGUAUUUUUUUAAGUUCAAUAUUCCUAAAUGUAAAGUUUAGGUUCAAAUUUAUAGGGAUAUUUUAAUUUCCGUAAUUAGGUCUACCCUAAUGGUGUUUAUAUACAAUUUAUAUUUUCUUUUAUGAUUGUUAUGAUAAGCCGCUUUACGUAUGUAGGUGUUUAGUACAUUACCAUUAUUGAAUAGCAGUUACGAUUGCCGUUGUUGAUAUCUUUAGAAAGGCAGUAGCUAAAAGGCUCAAUCAUGUUCGAACUAUCGAUCUGCGUAACGAAGUAUUUGAAUAUUACCAAAUAAAAAACAGCACCUUCUUGGUGUAUUAGGUCUUAAAUUAAAAAAAAUACUAAUGUAUAUCUGACUCAUGAGAUUUAUAUAACCAGAAAUAUCUUCAUUGAAAUUUGGAAUUCGGUUAAUUGGUUUAUAACGACUUCUAUAAUAAGUAUAAGUGAAUAACCUUUAUAUUAUAUAUUUUAGAUUUAAUGAAUAAUAAAGCAAACUUAGCUUAGAUUACAAGAAACUAAUAGAAUUAUAAAAUGGCUGUGUUUGAUACUUAAAAGCACAAUACUAAAUAAUCUAAUAUAUAUUAAUUAUAUAAUUAUAAUAAAUAUAUUUAAUUUUUGAUUGUGCCAGUUGUUAAUGCCGAAACAUUAUAUUUAUUUAAGCAAACAGGUCGCGAGAAACCUACUUUCGAAAUACUUAUAGUAGGAGCAUUAUUACAAUAAGUAUUUUUAUAGUUUUUAAAUAGUUUGUGGAUUUUUCUUUAAACUUAAUGUUGGACCUAGUGAUGUUCUGCUUCAAAGCCUUCGUGAUUUUGAGUUGUUGUUUAAGUAUAUGCAUACUAUACCUUAUGUGUAGUAUUUUAGAGUAUCGGCAUGUGUUUUAAUAAUAAGUUAAUUAUUAUCAAAUAUAUUGUAAUAACUUUUGG